AUGUCCAAAACCACGGCGGCAUCAGGCAUGACGAAUCACACCGCAACAACCGCACCAUCACAACCUCAGCCUCCAAUACGGCUCCAGAGCGCCUGGGAACGGCACGCCGCCGCCAACGAGACGGCAAUGGCACAGCAGUAUCAACAGCAGCAGCACAACUCGUCAAUCCGGCACCCCGUCUUCUUCACAGAGAAGCUGCGGCGGCCGCCGCUGACGCUGGCACCCGGUAUGGGCCUCAGUCCUGUGGCGCACGGCUACGUCUACCAGGACGGGCGGAGGAGGCUGGCCGACGGGAAUUCUGCGCCGAAGCUGUGA